AAGCGCACUGGUGGUAGCCGCGUCCGCCGCGUCCGAAGCUGACGUUUUCCUGUGGAGGCCGAGAGAAUUCUCCUGCCUGACGCAGCCUUCGUGCUGGGACACUGGCUCUUCCUGGUUCUGCAGCAGCUUCCGGCCUUCUGACUCAAACUGGGAUAUAUCAGCUCUGCGGAUUUUGAACUUUCCAGCCUCAAUAGUCAUGGACAGAGGCCUUGCAGAUGGCCCCGCUACCGGGGGCAGAGCUGGUCCAGAGGCCGCUGCAGCUCUACCGAUACCUGCUGCGCUGUUGCCGGCAGCUGCCAACCAAGGGCAUCCAGGAGCACUAUAAGCAUGCUGUCAGGCAGAGUUUCCGAGUUCAUUCGGAUGAAGACAGCCCUGAGAGGAUCCAGCAGAUUAUUAAAAGAGCCAUUGAAGAUGCUGACUGGAUCCUGGACAAGUAUAAGAAACAAAACUGAGACUCCAGGACGUAGUGAGUGCAGCUGCCUUGGAGACACUGAUAUUGAGAGCCCUCGCUUCGCCUGACCCUAAGCAGCAGCGGCAGUUUUGGAACAUCCACUAGCCUCGUUGGCUGGGAG